ACAAAGACAAGAAGCUCCAAAACGGAUGAUAACGCUUAAUCAAUUCUGUGGGUUUGGGUGUUGAGAAACCGCUGGGGAAAGACGUGAAGCACGUCCAGCACUUCCAGCACGCGGCUCUGGCCGAGCAGGACGGAUCUGACGCUCUCCUGGCGUGACAAUUCAUCCCUCAUCCAGACGCCAGCGCUGUUGGUGAUGAUGAUGUUGCUGCUACUGCAUCAGGAGCACUGGAGAUCCCUAUCUGCACAGCACGAAUGAAGACUCCUUCACCAAAGGACACUUUGUGAGGUCAUCUCGGGGUGACGCAACUUGCCAUGCAGGAGCGUCGGAAAGCUGAGGUCUUCGCAGCAAUCGUGAUCAUGUAAUCAUCAUCUAGUGGGCUGCGACCACAUAUUCACAGGUGUACGUCUUGCGUGGAUCGAUGCAUCAAUGCGCGCGCACCAUGGAGUCGUGCUCCGCGCUCUCGGCUCUGGCCAAACCACACUUUCGCGGACGCUAUUUGCUCCUGUCACGAAAACGCGGAGAUCUGGCGUGAUGGGCGAAGGGUCAGUUCACGAUGAUUCGGUCGAAAUAAGGCUAUCUUAAGCAGUGUGCGAAUUAUACAGUGACUUCGAGAGUGGGUGGAGUGUUCUAAAACGAUUUAGGGGGUGUUUGUUUUGAAUGAAUUUUGAUAAAUUGUUAUAUUUUUCAGCCUUUUGAAGUUGGUCUCGCGUGAACGCCAAUUGUCGUCAGGGCUUAAGUUUUAAAACAUUUAAGUUUUUGUAACACAUUUGAUAUAGUAAAGUGACAAUGUUUUGUGGACAUAACGCUCGCGGGCCGCGUGUUGUUAUGGUUUCCCCAUCUGGCAAACGCGACUGUUUGUUAUCGUCUGUUUGGCGACAGGUAACAAUAUGCGCUGAAUUAUUUAACUUGUAUUAGCUAGUGCUGACACGUUUGAAAUGUAUACAGUCGUUCUGAAUUAAAUACUGUACUUCAUAACCGUUUUAAUUUCCUCUGGGUUAUUCAGCCUUAAUUAGAGACACCAAUGCUCCCCCAAACCCCCCUCGAAAUGUAUCCAGAGGUUUGUGUUUUUAAAUCUAUGAACUGAAAUGUGGCGCACAAUUACUCCCUCUGCCGUCCUCUGAUGCUUUAGCCACCUGAGGAUGCAUCCCAAAUGACUACUUUGUAUAUUUAAUUACUUCUUUAAAGCCAUCCUUGUGUAUAUAAUGAUGUAAAUAUGAGCGGUUUGAUUUGCAAAACGUGUUUCUGUAUCUCAGAGGGCCUGGCUGCCAUAAUCUUAUCCACUUUACAUCGCUCCUAAUUAAGAAAUAAAGGAGAAUGUGAAGUGAAAACUCAUCGGAGCGACUUUUAUCUCAGUCCUUACCUUACAGAUAGCUUUGGUUUACUUUUCAUCUUUUAAAUCACCCGCUGACUUGAAUUGGCAACUGGCUUUAAUAUAGCAUGCUCCACAAAUGAGGCCAAUAUCAGUUGAAAGUUUAUUUAUGAGGGUACUUGACUUUUCUAUUUGUACACCGCGCAAGUAACUUAUUGUGUUCAAUGGAGCCAGUAUUUGAACAUUAUCAUAUAUGCUGUGUUGUAAUGACUCGAAGUUCAACACAAACUGCUAUUAAAGCAAGCCAAGAGGAUUUAGUGCACUAACUUUCAUGGCUACUUUAUUUGAAUACUGAACGCCUACCCCUUUCUAUCCUCUUUUUUUGCGUGUUAAAAUCUUCAUUAGGAAGUGAAACCCUGCGUAAUUCGCACCCUGCGUUCAUUUGCUGUAUGUGAUAAUCGAGAUCAUGUCCAGAUCUAACAGCGUGAGCCCACCCGGCGCUGGCGCUCCUGGACUGAGGGGAGGGACGGAGCACAGAUCCGCUUGGGGCGAGUCUGAGUCCGUGGCGAACGGAUGUCCAUACUCGGCCAGAUCCUCCUGCAAAAAGCUCAUACGGUCCAACAGUCGCUGGAGAGAGGACGAUGACUUCGAGCGACAACCGGGCCGAGCCACGACCACCGUCAGCCGGGUUAGCUUCAGAUCCAAGUCCGCCUGGCAGGAACAAGGCGAGGAGAGCCGCAACAACAACCGAUCGUCCCCGAGGUACCGAGAUGGAGAAGUGAGACCCAAAUCCGUGGAGCUGGGUCUGGAGGACAGGAGAACCAAGUCCAAACCAGAGGAGGAGCUCAUGCCUGAAGUGAACUUUUCUAUGAGCGCGUGCUGCAACAGCGUGAUGCAGAUUUUCAGGUCCAAGAAGUUCCAGUCGGAGAAGUUGGAGAGGCUCUACCAGCGCUACUUCUUCCGCCUGAACCAGAGCAGCCUGACGAUGCUGAUGGCCGUGCUGGUGCUGGUGUGCGCGGUGAUGCUGGGCUUCCACUGCGCCGGAGGGAUGUGCCAGCUCACCUUCGUGCUGGUUUUCACCGCGGCGAUCGUGCUCAUCCUCACGCUGAUGGUGGUGUGCAACAGGAACGGCUUCCAUCAGGAUCACAUGUGGAUAGUUUGCUAUUUGCUGAUUUUGCUUGUGCUGGCCGUGCAGGUGGUCGGCGUGCUGUUCGUCAAGCCGCGAAGCGCGUCUGAAGGCAUCUGGUGGACCGUGUUCUUCAUCCACGUUAUUUACACGCUUCUGCCGGUGCGGAUGAGAGCGGCGGUGAUCACUGGGAUUAUAUUGUCUGCCAUACAUGUGCUCAUCUCGUGGAGGUUAAACGACAUGGACGUCUUCUUGUGGAAGCAGCUGGUGUCCAAUGUCCUGAUCUUCUCCUGCUCUAAUAUAGUUGGUGUGUGCACACACUACCCAGCAGAAGGUUCUCAGAGACAGGCCUUCCAGGAGACCAGAGAAUGUAUUCAAGCCCGUCUGCACUCGCAGAGAGAAAACCAGCAACAGGAGCGUCUCCUCCUCUCUGUGCUUCCUCGUCAUGUGGCCUUGGAGAUGAAAGCCGAUAUUAAUGCCAAGCAGGAGGAUAUGAUGUUUCACAAGAUCUACAUUCAGAAGCAUGACAAUGUGAGUAUCCUCUUUGCUGACAUUGAGGGCUUCACCAGUCUGGCUUCCCAGUGCACUGCCCAGGAGUUGGUGAUGACCCUCAACGAGCUUUUCGCACGAUUCGACAAACUGGCAGCCGAGAAUCACUGUCUGCGGAUCAAGAUUCUGGGUGACUGCUACUACUGUGUGUCGGGGCUGCCGGAGGCCCGUGCCGACCAUGCGCACUGCUGUGUGGAGAUGGGAGUGGACAUGAUAGAAGCAAUCUCCUUGGUGAGGGAAGUCACCGGUGUGAACGUCAACAUGCGUGUUGGAAUACACAGCGGGCGCGUUCACUGCGGGGUGCUGGGAUUAAGGAAAUGGCAGUUUGAUGUCUGGUCCAACGAUGUCACCUUGGCCAACCACAUGGAAGCUGGGGGCAAAGCAGGACGAAUACAUAUCACCAAGGCCACUCUGAACUACCUGAAUGGGGAUUAUGAUGUGGAACCUGGAUCUGGUGGAGAAAGAAACGUGUAUCUCAAGAAGCACAACAUUGAAACCUACCUCAUUGUGGGCUGCAGUCAGAAGCGGAAAGAAGAAAAGGCCAUGAUUGCUAAGAUGAACCGGCAGCGCACCAACUCGGUCACUCAUAACAGCACUCACUGGACCGACCGGCCCUUCUAUAAUCACCUGAAUGCCAAUUCUGUUUCCAAGGAGAUGAAGAGGAUGGGAUUUGAGGAUCCCAAAGACAAAAACACGCAAGAAAACCUGAAUCCAGAGGAUGAGGUGGACGAGUUUCUGGGCCGUGCCAUUGAUGCUCGGAGCAUCGACCGGUUACGAUCCGAACACGUCAAGAAAUUUCUGCUGACCUUCAGAGAGCCUGACCUGGAGAAGAAGUACUCCAAACAGGUUGACGCCAGUUUCGGCGCAUACGUGGCCUGUGCCUCCCUCGUCUUUUUAUUCAUCUGCUUCAUUCAGAUCAUCAUUGUGCCGCAUUCUGGACUGAUGGUUGGCUUCUAUGUACUUUGUCUGGUCAUUCUGAUGGUGGUCAUGUUCAUCUCAGCCAUUUACUCAUGUUUUGGGUUUUUCCCCAUUCCUCUGCAAACCCUGUCUAAAAGGAUUGUUCAGUCCAGACUCAACAGCACCCUGGUGGGGGUUUUUACAAUCGUCCUGGUCUUUAUCUCUGCUUUCAUUAACAUUUUCACCUGCAGUACGGAUGACCUGAAGACGUGUUUAGGGCAGGAGUUUAACAUCAGCCCCAGCAAUGUGAACGCUUGCCAUGCCCAUUUUUCUUCCCUCAACUACACACUCUGGUCUCAGAACAGGCUCUGCAGCAGUUCGUCACCAACAUGCAAUUUCCCAGAGUACUUCUCAUCAUGUGUGCUGCUCAGUUUACUGGCCUGCUCAGUGUUUCUACAGGUCAGCAGUAUCGGUAAACUCUUCCUCAUGCUGUUCAUUGAGAUCCUGUAUGUGCUCAUCAUGGAGGUGCCUGAGGUCAGCCUUUUUGACAAUGUGGACCUGCUGGUCAUGGCCAAUGCCCUAAAGCCGAACAAUGGAACAUGUAUUGUGGACACCCGAGUUCCUCUAAAGAUUGUGACUCCAGUGGUCAUCACAGUCUUUGUGCUGGCGCUUUACCUUCAUGCACAGCAGGUCGAGUCCACCGCCAGACUCGACUUUCUCUGGAAGUUACAGGCCACAGAGGAAAAGGAGGAGAUGGAGGAACUUCAGGCUUACAACCGUCGGCUUCUUCACAACAUCUUGCCCAAAGAUGUGGCUGCACACUUUCUGGCCCGCGAGCGGAGGAAUGACGAGCUGUACUAUCAGUCGUGUGAAUGUGUGGCUGUCAUGUUUGCCUCCAUCAGCAACUUCUCCGAGUUCUACGUGGAACUGGAAGCCAAUAAUGAAGGUGUUGAAUGCUUGAGACUUCUCAACGAGAUCAUCGCUGACUUUGACGAGAUCAUUAGUGAGGAUCAGUUCCGUCAACUGGAAAAGAUCAAAACCAUCGGCAGCACUUACAUGGCUGCAUCUGGGCUUAAUGACUCCACUUAUGAUAAAGCAGGAAGGUCACACAUUCGUGCUCUAGCCGACUACGCCAUGCGCCUCAUGGACCAGAUGAAGUACAUCAAUGAGCACUCUUUCAAUAACUUCAAAAUGAAGAUCGGUCUCAACAUGGGUCCUGUUGUGGCUGGAGUCAUAGGAGCUCGUAAACCGCAAUAUGACAUAUGGGGGAAUACUGUGAAUGUAGCCAGCCGUAUGGACAGCACUGGGGUACCUGAGAGAAUACAGGUCACAACAGACCUUUACCAGGUUCUCAGCUCCUAUAACUAUACACUGGAGUACAGGGGCGUUGUCAAAGUGAAGGGCAAAGGCGAAAUGAUGACCUACUUCCUAAAUGGAGGACCCAAUAACAGUUAACCCUCAGCGUCUGACCUUCAGAACAUUAUUAAGAUGUCACGAGGAGGAGAUGCUGUUGGCUAGGCUGUUGAGACGGACAUCCUUCUGGACCAAUCGCAAUAGGAUUUGUUCAGAAACAGCCGUCACUCAGUCCAAGAGUGGCCUCUUUGCACACUGAGACUUCCUAUAGGAUUAACGGAGGCUUUGCCUCCUUUAUUUAAGGUAUGGAACAGCUCAGAAAUGAUUCAUCCUCAGAGACCAAAGAAACAAAGGAAUCUCAAGGCAUACAAAGCAGUUUCCCCGGUCUUAUAUUUCUUAUUUUGCCAAGAGAGGACAGAUGCACUGCGUUUUCUGCACCUGGCUUUGGCUCUCUCAGGUUUGGCUCUCUCGGGUUUGACUGCGAUCUUACUCCACCGACUGGCCCUGGUGGCUCCAAAAUGAAACUGCAUGAAAACACUGAAGCCAAUAUACCUGUAAAACACACGUUUUAUGUGUAUAUGAUUCGUCAGUGUAUGUAAAGAGUUCUGUUUCUACAGUCCUGUUGCAUUCAACACUGUCUAGGUGAUAUCACAAUAGAUAAAGAUAUCACAAUGAGCUAAUAUAUGGUCGAAGGCCAUAGUGAGCGCAGCAGCUCUACAAGCCCUUUAUGGUAUCCUGACCUUCGCUGCAGCAACUGUGGUUGUUACAGGUAUGUUGAUAGUGUUACCUCCAAGAGAUCUAGAUUUGAAUGAAGCCCUGUUCAUGCCGCCAGUGACUUUUUAACAAUAAGAUCUAGCAAGGUCCAAUGAUGCAAUGUUCAUUGUUGGAAUUUAGAGCAACUUGAUGGAGCCUGUCGAUCUGAAUCAUCUUGACUGAAGUUUGUGCUUGCAGUCACCAGUUUCAUGUCUCUUACCACAUUCAGGGACAGUAUUACAUAUUAAGAAACCAUGUGUAUUAUAUGACAGUUAAGUGUGUGCGUGUGUGUGCGUGUAACAACCUAGUUUUGGGAUUUCAUUACAAACAGCUGCCAACAAUGACUAAGAGCACACACUGAUCUUUUUAUUGAUCUUCAGUAUGAUGCAUAAUGCACUGUUACUACUUAAAUACAACAUUUAAUUCCAAAAUGUUUAUUUUUAUAAGCAUAAACUAAUUUGAUGUCAGCAGAGAAUGAAAUUGAGCAAGCUUUGAGCCGAAGUGGAGAUGUUGACAGCAAAGUCACUUCCUGCAUGACCAGGGCUUGAGACUGCUGAUUUGUGUUUCAAACACAAAUUGACAUUCACAAAACUGCACACAAACACUGCUCUACACUGAAGACACUAUAAGGACAGAGGAAAAUGGCCAAAUAUGGCUGUUUUUGUAUUUUUACCAUUUUAUAUUUUGACUCCAAAAGCCAAACUGUUAAAGCUAUUUUAGAAUAAAUAUUUUGUACAUUAAUAUAUUAGAAUGAUGUCUAUAUAUAUAUACAUACAUAU